AUGUCUGAAACCAGCGAAGUUCCACUCCCAAUGGAUUCUUUUGAUCCACCACCACCACCACCUCCAAGUUCACCAAAUGUUCCAUCAGUUGAUAAAGUCCCUUAUCCACAAACCAUUCCACUUUUGGAAGAUGCUUUCAAGAAUCUGACUCUUGUUGGUACUAUCAAACUCUACAAAGAUUAUUCUGGAAACCUUCACAUUGCUUCUGGGUGA